GAAAGAAGUUCCACGCAGUUUUAAGAGUUUUUGUUCCAUCAUUAGAAUUGUCUCCUUGCAUUAUACCAAAUGCGAUUGGAUCUUCCUACUUUAUGGAAGCAGAGGCGUUGGAUGACAUGUGCAGUACUGCAUUUCCCCUCACUGGCCCACAGUUAAUGGAAAAUUCUUGUUUCUUUUCAGCAUUGUAGUGAUGGAAGCCAUAAAGAAGCUUCAUGGCCAUCUCAUUGUUUCUGGGCUGUACAAUUGCCAAUAUGCAAUGUCCAAGAUUCUCAGAUUCUAUGCUAUUCUACAACCUGAUAUGGCUCUUGCUUAUAAAGUAUAUGGGCAGAUUGAAGCACCAACAACUUACCUUUGGAAUAUCAUACUCAGGGGGCUUGCUCAAAGUGAUGCACCGGAAGAUGCAGUUGCUUUCUACAAGAAGGCUCGAGGAAAAGGUAUGGAGCCGGACAACCUGACGUUUCCAUUCGUAGUGAAGGCGUGUGCAAGGAUUAGUGCUCUCAAGGAAGGGAAACAGAUGCACAGCCAUGUACUGAAAUUCGGGCUUCUUUCAGAUAUCUUUGUUUCCAAUUCGUUGAUUCAUCUGUAUGCUGCCUGUGGUGAUUUGUGCUGUGCAAGAUCUGUUUUCGAUGGGAUGCUGGUUAAGGAUGUGGUGUCCUGGAACUCUUUGAUAUGUGGAUAUAGCCGGUGCAAUAGAUUGAAAGAGGCUCUGAAGUUAUUCAGGUUGAUGCACGACGAAGGAGUGAGAGCUGAUAAGGUCACUAUGGUCAAGGUUGUUUCUGCAUGCACUCGUAUAGGAGAUUGGAGCAUGGCAGAUUGUUUGGUUAAAUACAUAGAGGAUUACUGCAUCGAGGUGGAUAUCUAUUUGGGCAAUACUUUGAUAGAUUACCAUGGCAGACGUGGGCAGCUGCAAUCGGCAGAAAAGAUUUGCUUUAACAUGAAGGAUAGGAAUGUCGUGACACUGAACGCAAUGAUCAACGCAUAUUCAAAAGCCGGAGAUCUGGUUUCGGCAAGAAGGUUAUUCGAGGAAAGUCCUGGCAAAGAUCUGAUCUCAUGGAGCUCUAUGAUAUCUGGGUAUUCGCAAGCUAGUCAGUUCUCUGAUGCUUUGGAACUCUUCAGGGAGAUGCAGAGAGCCAAGGUGAAACCAGAUGCGGUCGUGCUCGCGAGCGUACUCUCUGCCUGCGCGCACCUAGGAGCGCUUGAUCUCGGCAGGUGGAUCCAUGACUACGUGAGCAGAAAUCAGAUCGAAGCCGACACCAUCCUGCACAAUUGUCUGAUCGACAUGUACGCGAAAUGCGGAAGCACCAAGGAGGCGCUGGAGGUCUUCAGAGAAAUGAAAGAGAAGGACACCCUGUCAUGGAACUCGAUCAUAAUGGGGCUGGCGAACAACGGCGCCGAGGAGGAAGCCCUGAACGCCUUCCGCGCCAUGCUCGCCGAAGGGUUCAGGCCGAACGAGGUCACCAUCCUGGGCGUGCUGAUCGCGUGUGCCAACGCGGAGCUCGUCGAGGAGGGGCUCGGCCACUUCGACAGCAUGAGGUCGGUCCACGGCAUGGAGCCGCAGAUGAAGCACUACGGCGUCGUCGUCGACCUCCUGGGACGCGCCGGUCGGCUGACAAAGGCGCUGAGGUUCAUCGCCGAGAUGCCCGUCGCUCCUGAGCCCGUCGUCUACAGGAUAUUGCUGGGGGCGGCCAGAACGCACGGUGAUUUGGGCGUCGCCGAGGUGGCCGCCCAGAGGCUCAGGGAGCUGGACGGCGGUAACAGCGGGGACUACACGCUGAUGAGCAAUGCGUAUGCGGGUGCUGAUAGAUGGGGCGACGCCAUGCAGGUCAGGCAGCGGCUGGAAGAUAGUCGUGUGAGGAAAUUGCCCGCUUGCAGUGUCGUCGACUGUUGACCCUGGUAGCUACAGCUCGGGUCCAUGACCAAGAGAAAUAUGUCAGUUAUUCUGUAGCCAAUUUUGUCAUAACGAUGUGAGUAAUACAAAAACGAUUACUCCUUCCGUUUCUAAA